AAUACCUAACAUGCUGUAGGAAUUUAUAAUUCGAAUGCGAUCUGUUUUACGAUUCUACUUCCACGGCAAAAUGAAUGAAGGCUAGUGAAGGAAGGAGUUGUGAAAACAAACUGGAUAUCUCGUUGGAAAGUUUGAUAAAUUAGUAAAAUAGUGUGCUAUUUACUUGAUAAAUUCGGAAGCCAACUUCGGAUCAUCGGUUCGAGUUGCAAAUCUGUUUCCUUCAAACGUUGAGGAUCGUGUCAAAUUAAAAAUCAUGUCUAAGAGCAAACUUCACCAUCAAGUUGACAGCAGUAUUGUCGCAGUGAAAAGCAAAUUUGAUGCUGAUAUUAUACGAUUUUCAAUCAACCGAAAUGAAGCAAUUAGUUAUGAAGACUUUAGAAAAUUAUUAGCUGAACGACACGAUAUAGGUCCAGAUUUGAGCUUUUUAAUUUGGUAUACAGAUCCAACUGAUGGUGAUUUAUUACCUAUUAAUAACGACAACAAUUUAGCAAGAGCAUUACUUGCCGCAAAACCACUUCUCAGAAUUUUGAUACAAAGGAAGGGAGAUGGAUUUGAAGACAUAAAUGGGUAUGGGACAAUGAAACCAAAAAAUCUUAUUUCGAGUAUUCUUGGUGGUACACCUGGAAAACCAAAGUCAUUGGCUAUAUCUAAUCCACAUGAUUUUAGGCAGGUAUCAGCAAUAAUCGAUGUAGACAUAUUACCAGAAACAUGUCGUCGUGUACGUUUGUUAAAACACGGUUCUGAUAAGCCAUUAGGAUUUUAUAUUAAGGAUGGAGAAAGUUUUCGAAUAUUGCCACCUUCUGCAGGUGGUGGUAUUGAAAAAGUUCCAGGUGUAUUUAUUAGUAGAUUGGUACCAGGUGGUUUAGCUGAAAGUACUGGUCUUCUAGCAGUGAAUGAUGAAGUACUUGAAGUGAAUGGUAUAGAAGUUGCUGGAAAAACUCUUGAUCAGGUCACAGAUAUGAUGAUCGCCAAUUCCUCAAAUCUAAUAAUCACAGUAAAACCAGCAAAUCAGAGAGCAGCAUUAACUGCUCCAAGACGUGGAUCAUUUUCACGAAAUAGUCAGUUGUCUUCUGGUAGUCAUCAGUCUACGCAAAGUGCUGCAACCGGAAGCGAUGAGGAUGCAGACGAAAUUGUAGAUUUAACUGGAGUAACCCUACAGGAUGAUGCAACAACUUCUACUUCUCAGCAUCAUCAUUAUCAUCACCAUCACCAUCACCAAAACCAUUUCAGUCAUGAUCAAGGUGUGCUACAUUUAUAAAUGGCAUAUAGUGCAAAUUUCAAUUUGUGCUAUGGCAUGCUCAAUUGAAUACGAUUGAAAAUUCAUCCAUAAAGAGAAAAUUUUUAGAAAUAAGUAAAAAGAUAUAACAUGACAAUAAGGAUUUGAAACAGAAAGGCAGCUUUGUUUUGUUUCAACAGAAAGACCAUUACAGAAUCACGUGGCUAUCAUUUUAAUAAUUUAGUUUAUUAUAACACAGAAUGAAAUGAAUAUAUAAUUUCUCUCAAGUUUAUAUUUUUACAGAAGAUUUAUAAUUAGUGCCUUUUAAGAAAAUUACUUUCGAACUGUUAUUUAAAAUAGACUACAUCAGUCUUAUUUGCUAUUAAAAUUAUAAAGCAAUCAUAUUCGUAAAUGUAUUGAUAAUGCUCCAUAUAUAAAAUUUUUUUAUUACUGUAGAUCUAAAAAAGAAUAAGCAUAUUUUUUUCUAAAGUUCAAAGUUAUCAGCAUUUU